CUACGCUGGGAGCACUGGAGUUCAGCCUGCUCUACGACCAGGAGAACAGCUCCCUGCACUGCACCCUCAUCAAGGCCAAAGGCUUAAAACCGAUGGACUCAAACGGCCUGGCGGAUCCCUACGUCAAACUGCACCUCUUGCCUGGAGCCAGCAAGUCAAAUAAGCUGAGAACGAAGACUCUGCGCAACACCCGUAACCCUGUGUGGAAUGAGACCCUGGUGUACCACGGCAUCACAGAUGAGGACAUGCAAAGGAAAACCCUCAGGAUCUCCGUGUGCGAUGAAGAUAAAUUUGGCCACAAUGAGUUUAUUGGAGAAACUAGAGUUUCCUUGAAAAAACUCAAAGCCAAUCAGAAAAAGAACUUCAACAUCUGCUUGGAGAGAGUAAUACCAAUGAAGCGUGCUGGAACAACCGGCUCAUCCCGUGGGAUGGCACUGUAUGAAGAGGAGGUAGAUCGUGGCGGGGAUGUGGAGGAGCGUGGGAAGAUCCUCGUGUCCCUCAUGUACAGCACCCAGCAGGGCGGCCUGAUUGUCGGCAUCGUACGUUGCGUGCAUUUAGCAGCCAUGGAUGCCAACGGAUACUCGGACCCUUUCGUUAAACUUUGGCUGAAACCUGACAUGGGAAAAAAGGCCAAGCACAAGACACAGAUUAAGAAGAAAACAUUGAAUCCUGAGUUUAAUGAGGAGUUCUUCUAUGAUAUAAAACACAGCGAUCUGGCCAAGAAGUCAUUGGACAUUUCUGUCUGGGAUUACGACAUCGGAAAAUCGAAUGAUUACAUCGGCGGCUGUCAGCUCGGCAUUACGGCUAAGGGGGAGCGCUUGAAACACUGGUAUGAAUGCUUGAAGAACAAGGACAAGAAGAUUGAACGCUGGCACACCCUCCAAAACGAGAACCACGUUGCCA